AGUGUAUGUACCAGGAGACUCUUAGCAGCGCUACAGGAUACAAUAUGUGAGAGAAAGAGAGAGAGAGAGAGAACACUUCAACAGUGGCACAGUGCACUACUAGUUAAUCUGCAGGCAUACUGGAAUACUGAAUUAAAGAAAAGAAGAAAAUAGACUUUUAUUGUAAAACCAGUGGUACAGCAUAUCAUCAUGGACCGACAUCCUUUUCACAUGCUCAGGUAGCUGGCAGGAGAAGCAGCCAUUUUCAAAAUGGUCACCAGUACAUUUGGAAGCUUGAAUGAAAGCCACAGCCGAAAUAUAUCAUGGUGGGGGAAUGGGACAGACCUGGAGCGCAGGCAUCCAUACAAUUUCUAUGCUAUGCUGCUGACUUUACUUAUUUUUGUUAUUGUCUUUGGGAAUGUGCUGGUGUGCAUGGCAGUCUCACGGGAGAAGGCUCUCCAGACAACUACCAACUACCUCAUUGUUAGCCUUGCUGUAGCAGACCUGCUUGUUGCCACACUGGUGAUGCCCUGGGUUGUUUACUUAGAGGUGGUGGGGGAAUGGAGAUUCAGCAUGAUUCACUGUGACAUAUUUGUUACUCUGGAUGUGAUGAUGUGCACGGCCAGCAUUCUUAAUCUCUGUGCCAUCAGCAUUGAUAGGUACACUGCCGUUGCAAUGCCAAUGCUCUACAACACACGUUACAGCUCAAAGCGAAGGGUGUCAGUUAUGAUUGCAGUAGUCUGGGUGUUGUCCUUUGCUGUUUCCUGUCCACUUCUUUUUGGACUCAACAACACUGCAACAAGAACAAUUGUGAAAUGCAGCAUUGCCAACCCAGCCUUCGUUUUGUAUUCCUCCAUUGUAUCGUUCUACGUUCCCUUCAUCAUUACUCUCCUGGUUUAUGUUCAGAUAUAUGUGGUGCUGCGAAGGCGAAGAAAGCAAGUGGCCAUUCGAACAAACAGCCGGACUAUGGAGGUGGAAGCACAGGGUCAAAUAAAGAAUAAGUGCACGCAUCCAGAAGAUGUGAAACUUUGUACCCUGAUAGUAAAAUCCAACAGUGGAUUCCAACCAUCCAGGAAGAAAGUAACCCUUGUACGGGAAGCUGUCGUACAUCCAGAAACUUCAGACAGGGUACGUUUUAUUGACCAACCUGAGAAAACUCGGCAAAAAACUGUACCGGUUGGACAUGAUCAAGUCACCCCAGCUACCUCUUGUACAAUAGCAAGUGCAAAUAGUUCUCCUUCACCAGUGGAGCAGCCCAUCCUCUCAGACCACAAUGGACAACUGAAGUUUAAGAGAUCAUCAGCUGCCUUUGAAAUCCCUAGGGUGGCAGAGGAGAAAACAGGCUCCUCGCUCAGGUCAGUGGCGAAGGGGAAACUCUCGCAGCAGAAGGAGAAGAAAGCAACCCAGAUGUUAGCCAUUGUCUUGGGGGUUUUCAUCAUCUGCUGGUUGCCGUUCUUCAUCACACACAUCCUGAGGGUCCACUGCCUGAAAUGUGACAUCUCUGCAGAGCUUUACAGUACCGUCACCUGGCUAGGUUAUGUGAACAGUGCUGUCAACCCCAUCAUCUACACCACCUUCAAUGUAGAGUUCCGCAAGGCCUUCCUGAAGAUUCUGCACUGCUGAGGGAGUCAGCCAUGUCCUCGUAGCUACAUUCUGGGGUCUUACCUAACUUCUCUGUACUGUAUCACAGAAGACAGGUAUAGGCAAGUACUCCAAGCAGAAAUCACUGACACUGAAAUGCUUAUGUGCCUCGUAAAUGGGAUACAAAACCUCUGUUUCUUGACACAGUCUAAUGCAGUUAGUUCAGCACAUAUACGGAUUGGAACGCUGCAGUGCUUAAUACUGUCUUUUUGCUUUCUUCUAAUUUCUCUCUCUUAUCCAUAUCACAUUUGAAGAAGGUUUUCAUUUUCAUGAUGACAGCAUAUUUUCUCACAGCCGUUUCAUUUCUUUUAAUAAAAUGAUGAAGAAUCCAUUUGUUUUCAGAAGUUACUGAUACUACCAGACUCAGCAGGCCUUAUUUUGGCACCAAGUGUGGGAGGGAGGGUGUGUGCAUGUCAAAAAAUGUGACAUCUGACUUCUGCAAGAAAAAAACCUGGUCAGUUAUGAUUUAUUCAAAACAGACUGACAUUGUCAGAAUGUUUAAGGUAGCAUUCUGAAACCUUAACCAUUUCAGUACCUGGAAAUACAUACAGAUCCAGCUGUGACUGAUCGAUCGCUGUCCUAUGGGAAGAAACAGUGUGUUGAAAGUGUUGAGAAACUCUAAGCCACAGACCACUUAAUGAAUAUUCAUCAAUCAGGCUUCUUUGACCAUAACUUCAAAUAAAUAUUUUUUAAAAAUUCA